AUGCUGUCGACGAUUCUCAGCGGCCGGUACGGCGGGUGCAUCCUCAUAGUGUGGUCUAGCUUCUUCUUCGUCGGCAUGGAUACGAUCGCACAAAACCUGAUUCGGGAGGUUGGAAUGUCGUCUGAGCAGGUGAUCCUCAUGCGGAUGAUGUUGACUUUUCCGCCCAUCUUGGCGUCCGCCUACUUCUUCCGGCCGGAGAUCCUCUGGCAGCUCAACAUCUUCCCCUCCUCGUUCGACAGCAUCUUCGCACGGAACACGAAGCUACCACUACAUGCCGACGUUGACGACACCGCUGGUCCGACCGAGGAGCGGCCAUUGCUCAGCGCAGCAACUACCGCUCGGCAUGAUUAUCACCACGACCACGUCCGGGCGCGUGUCAUAUGGGCAAAGUCCCUCCUGGCCACUGCUGCCGCGGUCAUGGGAUACUCCGCUUUCGGAUACGCUGCUUUGUCCGAUAUCAUAGCGAUCUUCAAUACCCGCGUCUUUCCAGCCGCUAUCCUAUGCUGGCUGCUGCUGGGGGAAGGGAUCACCUGGAAGACUGGGCUGGCUGCGCUUGUCUCGACUGGCUCUGUCUUAGUCAUCGUCCAGCCGUCUUUCAUCUUCGGAGACACGGAGACUCAAGACGAUGCGCAUUCUCCAGAUGGGCGAUAUUUGGGUUAUGCCCUUGCCAUCAUUACCACCUUCACGCAAGCUCUCGACCUAACGGUCAUGCGGAAGCUUGGAAAGGGGGUCCAAGUGGGAUCAUGUCUACUCAGUUAUGCGAUCACUGCAUCCUUCUUCUGCUUCUUCUACGUCUGCGCCGCCGGCAUCCAGCUCGUAGGACUCACCUCGCCUCUUGUCUGGCUGAAGCUGGUGACCUUAUCUAGCGUAUCGUUCGGGUCUCAAUGCUGCUGCCUGAUGGCUUUGCAGCGGGAGACGGCUGCUCGAGUUUCGAUUUUGAGCUACAGCCAAAUCGUCUUUGCGGUAAUCGCUCAAAUCAUCUUUCAGGGAGAAUCGCCCAGCCUCGUCAAGAUAUCGGCGUUGGUGGCGAUCAUGGUUGCAGGGGUCGGCUCGAUCGUUUUUGAGAAGCCUCGGCCACAAAGCGAAGCGGAUCUCAAGGUUGACCAGACUGAGGUGUGA